CUGCAGACCGCGGAUUACUUCCCGUCGCGAGACGUAGCCGCUCGUGGCUCGCGAGGUCCGGCGGGUCCGAGUGUCCGCGGCUCGUCAGUCACACACUGGCCCCUACACAGUGUAUCGCGAGCUCGAGUCUCAGGCGGACGGUCGUGUGUCGUGUCCGAGUGCCAUGUCGUGCGCUGCUGCUCCGUGGCCGCUGCUGCUCACGUCGCUGCUGGUGCUGUCGGCGGUGAAGAGGGCGUGCUGCUCCCUGCUGCCGCUCGACACCGAGCGCCUGCGAGCGAGCGUCGGUGGAUACGCCGUCAUGAACUGUCAUCUAGAUUUUCCUUUCGGAAACGAAAUACCUUAUCAUCUGCAGUGGGAGAAAGAUGUGAAUUGAUUCAUGAUUGUAGGGAAUUGAGGACGAGGAGUCGAGGGAGCGCCCGCCAUUGUAGAACCGGACACGGAGCGCUGAACACUCUGGAGAAUAAAGAAUACAGCCAUAACGAACUGAUCGAAUUAAAGGACUGCGAAAGAAUGGAGCGGGCCGGCUUUAGAGAGACUAUAGGAAUAAAAUAG